GAGAGGCCCUGUCUCUCUGCUGGCUCUGAGCUCUGGCUCCAGGCUGGGCAGGGGAGAUGACAGUGGGAUGGGCCAGGACAGGUGGCCUUGACAUGUGAUGCUUCUCCGCUGACCACUCAGUCCUCACUUUUAGAACGGUUUCCAGAAAUGAUGGGAGGGGAUGGGCAGGGCAGCUAAAUAUAGUGCUGAGGCUAGGGCUCAGUCUGGGAGGGUCUGUCUGCUAUUCACUGGGCACCCAUCACCCGUGGUGUCCCCUGUCCUUGCUCUGAGCUUGCUGUUUGCCUCUUGCCUGUCUUCAGGCACAGCUCUGAUCCCUCUUCGGUUAAGCCUGACCUUGACUGGGCCUCUUGGGAGUCUCUUUUUGCUUAAGAUCUCCAAUCAGACCUGCCUGCCAUGUCGGCUGCGCCCGGCCUCCUGCACCAGGAGCUGUCCUGUCCGCUGUGCCUGCAGCUGUUCGACGCGCCUGUGACGGCUGAGUGCGGCCACAGCUUCUGUCGCGCCUGCCUGAACCGCGUGGCAGGGGAGCCCGCGGCGGACGGCACGGUGCUCUGCCCGAGCUGUCAGGCACCCACGCGGCCGCAGGCGCUCAGCACCAACCAGCAGCUGGCGCGUCUGGUGGAGGGGCUGGCGCAGGUGCCGCAGGGCCACUGCGAGGAGCACCUAGACCCGCUCAGCAUCUACUGCGAGCAGGACCGCGCGCUCGUGUGCGGCGUGUGCGCGUCGCUCGGUUCUCACCGCGGCCACCGCCUGCUGCCCGCCGCCGAAGCCCAUGCACGCCUCAAGACACAGCUCCCACAGCAGAAGCUGCAGCUGCAGGAGGCAUGCAUGAGAAAGGAGAAGAGUGUGGCCGUGCUGGAGCAUCAGCUGGCAGAGGUGGAGGAGACAGUACGUCAGUUCCGGGGGGCAGUGGGGGAGCAGCUGGGCAAGAUGCGGUUGUUCCUGGCUGCACUGGAGGGCUCCUUGGACCGCGAAGCAGAGCGUGUGCGGGGUGAGGCAGGGGUCGCCUUGCGCCGGGAGCUGGGGGGCCUGAACUCUUACCUGGAGCAGCUGCGGCAGAUGGAGAAGGUGCUGGAGGAGGUGGCAGACAAGCCACAGACUGAGUUCCUCAUGAAAUACUGCCUGGUGACCAGCAGGCUGCAGAAGAUCCUGGCAGAGUCACCACCCCCUGCCCGUUUGGACAUCCAGCUGCCUGUCAUCUCAGAUGACUUCAAAUUCCAGGUGUGGAGGAAGAUGUUCCGAGCUCUGAUGCCAGCGCUGCAGGAGCUGACCUUCGACCCGAGCACGGCCCACCCGAGCCUGGUGCUGUCCGCCUCCGGCCGCCGCGUGGAGUGCUCGGAGCAGAAGCCGCCGCCGGCUGGAGACGACCCGUGCCAGUUCGACAAGGCGGUGGCGGUGGUGACGCACCAGCUGCUCUCCGAGGGAGAGCACUACUGGGAGGUGGAGGUGGGCGACAAGCCGCGCUGGGCCCUGGGCGUGAUCUCGGCGCAGGCCGGUCGCCGCGGCCGGCUGCACGCCGUGCCUUCGCAGGGCUUCUGGCUGCUCGGGUUGCGCGACGCCAAGAUCCUGGAGGCUCACGUGGAAGCCAAGGAGCCGCGCGCGCUGCGCACCCCGGAGAGGCGGCCGACGCGCAUCGGGAUCUACCUAAGCUUCGGCGACGGCGUCCUCUCCUUCUACGACGCCAGCGACGCCGACGCGCUCGAGCUGCUCUUUGCCUUCCACGAGCGCCUGCCCGGGCCCGUGUACCCCUUCUUUGACGUGUGCUGGCACGACAAGGGCAAGAACGCUCAGCCGCUGCUGCUCGUGGGGCCUGACAGCGGCGGGGAGGCCUGAGCUUCCUGUCGGGUUGGGGAGGGGUGCGGGGUCCUGCCCGCCUGGCAGGAGAUGGGGUCAGGGGGGCCAGGGUUGAAGGCAGGGCCAAGGGGGUUGGGGACGGGGGACUCCAAGCGUUCUGAGAAGUUGGGGGUUGGCAUGAACAGGGACUGCCAGCAAGGGGUUGGGGUGGUGGCAGGGAAAGGGGGAUCUGAUGUCAGGUCAGUGGGGGACUCGGGUUUGGGAACCAGGGGACCAGGGGUUCCAGGAAGAAGGAGGUGGGGUUGGGGAAGGGAAAGAGUACUGAGGGGAGGAGCAGGAGAACUCAGUACAGUAAGGAGACCCUGCAGCCUCCCACUCCCCUCUGCCGUGGGGGCCACUGGUGGGGUCCAGACUCACCAUACAGAAAGGCCUUCCACUGGGUGAUGAUCCUCCAGCUUGAUCGUGCAUCAGAAUUGCCUCUUCAAAGCACCUAGCAGUGACCUGUUAAAGCACGGAUUGCUGAGUUCCUGAUUCCGUAGGUCAGGUGCAGGCCCCAAAUUUGCCAACAAGUUCCCGAGUGCUGCUGAUGUUGUAGGUCACAAGCAGGCUCCCACCUGAGGAACUGCUGACCUAGCCAUCAUCUGUUCAGUCAGAUCUCGGUGGUACAGAGUCAGUUAUCACAGAGCCACCAGGCACAGAAAACCCAAAAUAUAGUCCUUCAUUCAACAGCCAUCUAAAAACUGCCAGAGCCUGUGCUGGGUGAAUAAACUGACCCCCAACUGA